AUGACGAAGGAAUUUGCAGCUACAGUAAUGCAUUCUUUGCCAUCAACAAGUUACUCGCCAACAGUAGCUGAUUACGUGUACCGGCGUGUAUUACGUCAAGCCAUUGCUGCAAUCUGUAAACAAGCCGGUUUUGAAGCGAUUGAAGCUGAUAUUCUCGAGUUACUCACCCAUAUGAUUAAUUCGUACAUCAACGAACUGGCGGCUACCACACGCCAAAUGACUGAACACGCUGGUCGUACUAUUUCAACACCAUCGGAUACGGUCAUGGCAUUAGUAGAUUUAGGUACUGCAGUUUCCGAUUUACCAGCAUUUCUGAAAGAAGCAACCUCUAAAGGUUCUUUAGUGAUAGCACCACCACGUGUACAACACGCAUCGCAUACCCAACAACAACUUCGUGUUGGUAGCUCACGUCCACGUCCACCACAUGUUCCGGAUUGGUUGCCACCGUUUCCUGACCCGCAUACUUAUGUGCGGACUGAUAUAUCUGGUGAACUAGAACCCUCAUACGAGAAAGCACGUGAAGGCUUGGCUUUGUUAUAUCGAAAUACUGUGGUAUCGUUAAAAGAUUUUGUUCUGCGUACCCAUCCAUCUAUUUCCUUGUUCGAUCUCCAUAAACAACGUAUUUUGAAAAAAAUUGCUGCUACUGCAGUAGAACGUACCCGUGAACAGCAGGCUCGAAUGAUGGCAUCUGUGGAAGAAGAUGAACAGAAAACGAUGAUGAAUGGAGCAACAACAAUAGUGCACGAUACUGAACAGUCAAAAACCGUUGAUCCUCAAUUUUCUAUUGAUGUUUCCGAUAAAUUUUUCUUUGAAGAAGAUAGCGAAGAAGAAAUAGGCCUACUGCAAGCAGAAGUGCCAACUUUCGGAGAAAUCAUUGAGCCUAAAACGACGAAUGAAUCAUAUUUGGAUCCCCUUCUCUUCGAUCUGCAAAAUGAACCAGUAUCUGGAGCAGGAAUUAAAUUACAAGAAGAUACUGGAUUAGAUGGAAACCCGUUCUUACGUUCACCGAAAAUGCCUUCGUUACUUGAUGACGACCCGAUGCAUGAGUGA